AUGUAUCUUCAUAUCUCUUUAAUAUCUGUUCAUAUCUAUCUAUGCAUCUCUCUCUCUCUAUCUAUCUCUUUAAUCUCUGUUCAUAUCUAUCUAUCUAUCUAUCUAUCUAUCUAUCUUCAUUUCUCUUUAAUCUCUGUUCAUUAUCUAUCUAUCUAUCUAUCUAUCUAUCUAUUUAAUCUCUGUUCAUAUCUAUCUUGGUAUCUCUCUCUGCAUCUAUCGAUCUAUCUAUCUAUCUUCUUUCUUUUUUUUCUUAAAACUUCAUUAAUUUCUUUCUACCUUUCGCUUUAUCUUUCUUUGUUUCUUUUUUUCUUUUUUAAUUUUCUUUUUUUUCUUUCUUUCGUUUUUCUUUCUUUCGUCCUAUCUUUCUUUCCUUUUUCUUUCUUUCUUUCUUUUUCCUUCUUUCGACACUUCUUUCAAUUUUGUUACUUUCUUUUUUCUUUCUUUCGUUGUUUUUUCUUUCUUUCGUUCUUCUUUCUUUCGUUCUGUCUGUCUGUCUGUCUUUCUUUCUUUGUUUCGUUUUUCAUUUUUUUUUCUAUAUUUCUUCUUUUCUUUUUUCUUUGUUUCGUUCUUUCUUUCAAUUUUGUUACUUCUUUUUCUUUCUUUCUUUCUUUUCUCUUUCUUUCUUUCUUUUCUCUUUCCUUUUUUCUUUCUUUCUUUUCUCUUUCUUUCUUUCUUUCUUUCUUUUCUCUUUCUUUCAGUUUUCUUUCCUUCCUUCUUUUUCUUGGUUUCUUGCCGUCUUUCUUUUUCUUUAACUUUCUUUUUCUGAGCAUUUUUUACCCGAUCAUUUGUUUUAGCUUCUCGUGUUUGUUUGUUUCUUUUUUUUCUUAUAUAGACUUUCAUCUUUUUUUUUUUUUAAUCAAUCCUCUUUCUGGGCGUCCUGUUCGCCAUUCAUUUCUUUCUUUCACUUUGAAAAUUCUUCUAUAUUCUUUCUUUCUUACUUACUUUCUUUCUUUAUUCCGUUCCUUCUUUCUUUCUUUCUUUCUUUCUUUCUUUCUUUCUUUCGUAACCUUCUUUCUUUUUUUUAGCUUUCCUCUUUCUGAGACUUCUUUUCACUUUCACUCUCUCUCUUUCACUUUGAAAAGUUUAUUUUUCUAUAUUCCUUCUCUCUCUCUCUUUCACUUUAUCAAAUAUUUCUUUUUCCUUUUCUCUUUCAUUCAUAUAUUUUCUUUAUUUCUUAGCCUCUUUCUUGUUUCCGAGAUUUUUUCUCAGCCAUUUUUUCCACUUUCAUUUUCUUUCUUUACUUCUUUUGUUUGUCUUUUCGUCUGCUUGCUUCUCUUUUCUUUCUUUCUUUCUUUCUUUCUUUCUUUCUUUCUUUCUUUCUUUUUUUCUUUCUUCUUAACUCGCAAAGAUUCUGUCUGUUUGUUCAAUAAUUCCUCCUUUCUUUCUUUCUUUCUUUCUUUCUUUCUUUCUUUCUUUUCUUAA